CCCGGCUCUGUGUCAAGAUGGUGGUGGCGAAGUCGGAGGGCGGCAGGGCGGCCACCGCCUACUUCCGCGCAGCCAGACCCUUGCCCUCGCUGGUCACAGCCCUGGCGCUGGGAUAUUUCGCGUGGGUUGUCUUCUGGCCUCAGAGUAUUCCUUACCAGAGCCUCGGGCCCCUGGGCCCCUUCACUCAGUACUUGGUGGACCAUCAUCACACCCUCCUGCACAAUGGAUACUGGCUUGCCUGGCUGAUUCACGUGGGAGAGUCCUUGUAUGCCAUGGUAUUGUGCAAGUCUAAAGGCAUCACGAAUGGUCGGGCUCAACUACUCUGGUUCCUGCAGACGUUCCUCUUUGGGAUAGCCUCCCUCUCCAUCUUGAUCGCUUAUAGACCAAAACGCCAAAAGCAAACUUAAAGGAGAACUCCAACCCUUUCCCUGCACUGACAUCCAGCCUCACUCUUGUCUGAGGAUGGCUUGUUUACUCCACCUUUCUGUUUUCUGGAAAGUUACGACCCUCUAGUCAGUCAUUAUCUCAUAUUCUCUGGUUGGACUUGAGUAGAUAGUAGGAAAAGGUUUUAUCUUUCCAAUUCUGCAGACUAACCUAUUUGGCAGAGUAUUUCCAGCUACCUCUCUCUCUGCCAUCUGGUUUAAGCCAGGUACUAAAUUUGCUUGUUGGUAUACCUGUGCUCCCACCUUUUGACUAAAACACCUUACCCAUACCACCUCCAUCUUAGCUGAUUAGGGGUUGCUUUUUGGUAAGGUAAAAUAUUUUAGAGUUAAUGGAUGGAAAUCCAACUCAGAUUCUAUAAAAGCAUGGUCCUCUCCAAGGGAAAUAAUGACAGUAGUAUUAAGGGUGCCGGGAACAAUAUGGUGCAUUACUGAAUGAAAUGGAUUAACGAAUAAAAUGCUGUGAAUUGUCUCUCCAUUCAAA